GAAGAAUAAGAAGUAAAACCACUGUUAACAUACAGGAAUCAAAAGCAGAGCUGAAUCUGACUCCAUCAACGUGGCUCCAUGCCCACCCCACUCUUCUUCCUCUUCCUCCUCUAUCUGAGUGGUGGGAGGCCGGCCUCAGUGUUUAAGAUCUGUGCCUUUAACGUCCAGAGCUUUGGAGACUCAAAGGCACGCAACAAUGAAGUCAUGCGCACGCUUGUACAGAUCGUGUCUCGGUGUGACAUCUGCUUGCUACAGGAGGUGAGAGACACCAAAAAGAAUGCUGUACCUUUGCUGAUGACUGCUCUGAACAGGUAUAACAGCCAGAACCAGUAUAGGUAUGUGGCCAGUGAACGGCUGGGAAGGACAUCAAGCUACCAGGAACAGUACGUGUUUGUUUACAGGACUAGCUCAGUGAUUCUAGCGGAUCAGUACCAGUAUCCUGACACGUUGCCAGGAGACAUGGAUGCAUUCUCCAGAGAACCAUUCAUUGUCCAUCUCUAUGCUCCCAGAACAGCAAUAAAGGAAUUUGUUUUAGUACCUCAGCACACCACCCCCACCAAUGCUACUAAAGAGAUUGAUGCUCUCUAUGAUGUCUUCCUGGAUGUUAAGAGGAAAUGGAAGACAGAGAAAGUGAUGUUCCUAGGUGAUUUUAAUGCUGAUUGUGGAUACUUGGCGAAGAAGAACAGGCAGAAAGUUCGUCUCUAUAGUAACCAGGCCUUCCUGUGGCUGAUAGGGGACAAAGACGACACCACUGUCAGAGACUCCACCCACUGCGCCUACGACAGAAUCGUGGUCCACGAGGAGUCAUUUGCCAGAGCCCUUGUGCCUCAAUCUGCAAAACCUUUCAAUUUCGCAAGUGAAUACGGUCUCACAGAGGAACAGGCGCUGCUCGUUAGUGAUCAUUACCCCGUGGAAGUGGAGUUGAGGGCGGGGUCAGCACAGAUAGGAAGCCAUUAUCCCCACCUCAUCAUCCUCAUCGUCACAGCCUUCUUCACCUCCACCUGAACACUUUUGGCCACUCUUUUGCAUCGUUGUGUGGUCAGGCUGGAACACAGGGAACCCAAAUACCUCAAUUUGAAAACAGUUUAGGCAUUAACUGCGACUGGUUAGGGUGAGGGAUAUGAUUAAAAAUGUAACAACUGUUUCCCAAAAAGUACUCUGAAGGAUGCUGACAUCCCAGAAUGUGCUUUAAAAACCUACAACCAGUUGUAUAAGAACAGGACAUUUGUAUUUGCUCAUACUUUGUUUCAGUACAAACAUUAUCCCAAAUCUCCUCCAGUCGUCUUCUACGUUCAUGUUGAGAAACAACCUCAGCGAAGGACUAUCAAGGUGCUUGUAUUAUAUCACCACUUCUGAUUAACACUGUUGCAGGAGAAUCAUAAAGCCUCACCUUCAAGUAGAAUGAUACAACAUUAUGAGUGGCAUCCUGCUGCCCAUCUUGUCAUGUUUAUUAAUACCAAAAGGGAUGUGAAAACACAUUAUUUACUUAAUGCUCAUAUUACCGUAUAGUGUCUUAAAUGCUCACCACCCAUGGAAUAUGAAUGUGUUUCAACCAUGUCAGUGUAUCCUGAUUCUGUUCACCACCAGCAGCACCUUUAAACACCAAACACAGUUCUGAGUACAUUUACUUCAUGAUUAAAGGGAUCUUGAUUAUUUUGAAAACCCAUUGGAAGAGAAAGCCAUAAGUUUCCUUUCCUCAUAAUGGGUUUCAGUGUGAUGAGACUGAGAGGAUGAGAAUGCAAUAUAGGUCUGUCAGUAUGGAUGCCUGUUUAGGACAAUACUAGGAGGAAUAACUUCUUACACACCAUUACCAAUCACAUUCUGGAUGGCAGCUGAGGAGAAAGUGAAUUUCCUUAAUAAUUAUAAAAAUUUUAAGCGUAUUGCUUUUUUGUGGAAAUUUGCAAAGAACAUGCCAUUUACUUGUUUUGUUUGAAAACUGAUUUAUCCACACCAUUUAUUGUGUUUUGAAAGAUAUUUUACAUUGUGUAAUGUAUGCAUGUUUAAUAAAAGUAAAAAGACAGAA